AUGUAUGUGAAAUGGUUUGAUACAGGAAUGUUUUACUAUGUGAUUUUAGUGAAUUUAGUGAAUGUCACUUUUUGUCAUUUUCAAAUUUCCCGCCAGUUCCGUCCCCGUACGUCCCGACUUCACAAAGAACGGAACCUGGAAGACAGAUGCUAGCAUCCGCCGGCAGACAUUGCCAGGGACACUGCAGGAGGGACAUCGUGGGAGCGCAGGACAAGGUAAGAGAAGAACAGAUCCCGGAGCAGCGCUGCAUAGCAAGCCCGAGUGUAGCUUGGGGUUACCGCUUGUGCUACACUCGGGAAUACCGCCAGGGAGGUUA